AUGGGUGUCGCGAUGAUGAUGCAACAAGCGAGUCUACUUGCUGGCGCUAAUCGAGCCGCACCAUUUGACCUCAUCGGUCUUGAAGGCAAAAUACGAAAAGCAAAAGCUGAAGGACGUACUGUGACCGUGGUGAACGGAAGUGUUUAUUUUGAUUACCAGCAUGUAGCUAAUGUGCCACCUGGUAUGAAUUUGGGAACGUGA